AUGGGUGUAUCUGAUCCGAGAAAUAUCAUCUUCUCCGCGAAGAUGGGUCUUGCUCUAACGAUUGUAGCGGCAAGUUUUGAUCGAGCACUUGGGACAUUAUCAGCUGGAGGACUUGCUCUUGGAAUGGUUGAGCUUUUGACACUAAGCGGAAACUGGGAUGAGUUAUUCUGUACCAUUAGUAUCUUCUGCAUUGGUUUUAUUGCAAUUUUCAUGAAACUAUACUCGGCGAUGAAAGCUUAUGAGUAUGGUUUCUGGAUUUUCUUGCUUACGUAUUGUUAUAUUCUGAUUUCCGGGUUUAGAACAUGGCAGUUCAUAGAAGUGGUUCUAUCACAGUUUCUGCUUAUAGCUCUUGGAUCUGGUGUUAGUUUAGGUGUCAAUAUGUUUAUCUAUCUUAUUUGGGCUGGAGAGGAUCUUCAUAACCUUGUUGUGAAGAAUUUCAUGAAUGUCGCGACUUCUCUUGAAAGUUGUGUCAAUGGAUACCUUCGCUGUGUUGAAUAA